AUGAAUUGGUGGAAGAAACCUCAAAGUGGUUUUCAUUCAGCAGGGAAACUUGUCUGGCGAGUGUGGGUUGGAUUCUGGAAAUUUCUCCGGUCAAGCUUCUGUGGAGUUAUAAACGCCCUCAGAAAUUGCCUGGAACCUAUCUGUCGCUGUCUCUGUUCCAAGCCGUGUCUUAUUUUUUCCGCUAUCAUUUUACUGCUUUUCUUGGUAAUUGGGGUUCCUAUUGUUGUUGUGAAGAAACACCUGAUUCCACCCUCCGUCCCGAAAGGUUGGGAAGCACGUUAUGACAAGGAAUACAAGACCUGGCACUACUUAAACCCCGCCGCCGGAAAAGAUCAAUGGUAUAACCCAAAAUGGAAGGCACCUGCUGUCCCGGAUGGUUGGGAAUUACAGUGGGACAUUCAAUACAAAAUCUGGUACUACAAAAACCUCCCUACCGGACACGUGCAAUGUGCACACCCAGAAUGGGUAGCACCCGCUGUCCCGGCCGGCUGGGAAGCAUUAUGGUCCCCUACCUCCAACAAGUGUACCACUACCGACAAGUACUAUACCAGCGGCCAGCACCGAGCUUCUGGACGAUCUAAUCGCUACAUGGGAUAG